ACCAUCAUGAAUACCUCUCAGCCCGUUUCCUCCGCCAUUGAUGGCGUGCAAUUUGGUUUCCUCACCAAAGAGGAUAUUCGAACAAUCUCGGUGAAGCGCAUCACGAAUCCAACUACCUUCGACAGUUUGCUGCACCCUGUACCCGGUGGUCUACACGAUGCUGCUAUGGGUGCUUUCCUCGACAAUGCUUGCUCUACUUGCGGAUUAACUACCGACAACGGUUGCCCGGGUCACUGCGGUCACAUCGAAUUACCCGUUCCUGUCUACCACCUGAGCUUUCUCGAUCAGCUCUACCGACUCCUCCGCGGCAAGUGCGUCUAUUGCCAUCACUUCCGUGUCGCGCGCAAGAACACCCACGAAAUAGCCUCUAAGCUACGCCUGAUACGCUGCGGUCUGAUCAAAGAGGCAAACGCUAUGCGUGAGCAUGUCCACGAACACAAGGGAAAAACGAACAAAGGUGAAGAGUCAUCGGACGAGGAGAACGAUGACGAUGAUAUUAUCAGCGAGCGGAACAGUUACGUCAAAAGAUGUAUGAAGCGCGCUGGAAUCUCGAAGGGCGACGCCCAUGCCAUGAGACACAAGACUGAGGCUGUUGCCGAAGCCCGCCGUGAACUGAUCAAGGAGUUUUAUGCUUCCAUCGUCGCAGGCAAGAAGUGCCGCAAUUGUGCAGGCGUCAACCCAACUUAUCGGAAAGAUCGUGGCAUCAAGAUUUUCCGCAAGAACUUGAGCACAAAAGAAAAGGCAGCAAUGGCUGCUGCAGAGAAACGUUACGAAAACCCACUUGAUGUCUUGAGGAGGAGAGAUGCGAAGGCAAAGAAGCAGCCCGUUCACGCCGACGAGGGCGUCGCUGAUCUGGACCCUGCUUCGGAAGAAGAAUCGGACAUAGAUAUGAUGGACGCCGACGGAUCACUGGUGGUGUCCGAGUCAAUGACCGCCUCAAGAAACAAAAUACAAGCAACAGCGGAGGCACAAGAGAGUAUACAGGAGUAUCUGAACCCGGCAGAAAUUCGUGCGGCCAUGAUUUUGCUAUUUGAGAAGGAGGAAGAAAUUCUACGCAUGCUCUACAGUCCGUAUGCACGGUCCAAAUCGUCUCUGAGCGACGUGACCGCGGACAUGUUCUUCAUACACAAUGUCGUAGUCGCGCCUAAUCGGUACAGGAUGGAAGACAAGACUGGCGAUUCUAUUGCCGAGAAUCCUAGGAAUGGCCUCUUCAAGAAUAUUCUCAGAGAGUGCGAGUCGAUGCGACAGAUUACAGAGGAAAUGCAGGGUAAAGAGAAUGCGGCAGGGUACCGGCGCCGUGAUUUUGGGGAUCUUCAAACCAUCUGGGUCAAUCUUCAGGGUGCAGUCAACUCGCUGAUUGACAGGGACGCCAACCCCGUGCAAGGUGCUGCUGGAAAAUCCAACGCGGACGGUAUCAAGCAACAUCUAGAGAAGAAGGAAGGUCUCUUCCGUAAAAACAUGAUGGGCAAGCGUGUCAAUUUUGCCGCUCGAAGUGUCAUCUCUCCCGACCCCAAUAUCGAAACAAACCAGAUUGGUGUACCGCCUGUAUUCGCCAAGAAGUUGACAUACCCUGAGCCUGUCACGAAUCACAACUUCUACGACCUUAAGGAAGCCGUGCUCAAUGGUCCUGAUAAAUGGCCAGGAGCCGUGGCGAUCGAGAAUGAGUUUGGCCAGGUGGUGUCUUUGAGGAAGAAAAACUAUGAGGAACGUCAGGCACUGGCUAAUCAGCUUUUGGCCCCUUCUAAUACAUCUGUGAAUGGCUCUAAGAACAAGAAGGUGCACAGGCAUCUCAACAACGGCGAUGUAGUCAUUAUGAAUCGUCAACCAACGCUGCACAAGCCGUCUAUGAUGGCGCAUCGCGCACGUGUCUUGCCUGGAGAGAAAACGAUCCGUAUGCACUACGCCAACUGCAACACUUACAAUGCCGAUUUUGACGGUGACGAGAUGAAUAUGCAUUUCCCACAAAACGAAUUGGCUCGGGCUGAGGCAAUGCUGAUCGCCAACACCGAUAACCAAUAUUUGUCCGCAACGGCUGGAAAACCAUUAAGAGGUCUCAUUCAGGAUCACAUCUCUAUGGCUGUAUGGCUCACCAACAAGGAUAUGUUCUUUACACGCGAGGAGUAUCAACAACUGCUUUACUGUUCUUUGCGACCCGAGGAUGGACACACAACGUCCGGCACCCUACUUACUGUCGACCCUGCUAUCUUGAAACCUCAACCUCUCUGGACUGGAAAACAAGUCAUCACUACUGUCCUUAAAAAUAUCAAGCCCCAGGAAUAUGUCGAGUUGACUAUGUCCUCUAAAUCACAAACCAACAGCAAGCUUUGGGGUCCUGAUUCAGAGGAAGGAAACGUUAUUGUUCAACACGGUGAACUCCUUUGUGGUAUUCUCGAUAAAAGUCAGAUCGGUCCUGCGGGUGGUGGUUUGGUGAACGGCAUCUAUGAGGUGUACGGACCUAAAUCGGCUGGUCAGGUAUUGAGUGUUCUUGGUCGCCUGCUGACGAGACUACUCAACGUGCGCGCAUUCUCAUGUGGCGUCGAAGAUCUUAUUCUUACCCGUGAAGGUGACGAAGCACGGCUGGCGGAAUUGAAGAAGGCAGAGACAGUCGGUUUCCAGGUCGCCUCUAAAUACGUUACCCUAAAGCCUGAUGACAUAACACCUACCAACCCCGAACUGCGAAGGCGACUGGAACAAGUUGUUCGUGACGAUUCGAAACAGCAUGCUCUAGAUAUGCUGACCAACGCUGCCAACUCAGAGGUUUCUUCUAACGUCACCAAGGCCUGUCUCCCGGACAAACUCAUCAAGCUGUUCCCAAAGAAUCAAAUGCAGACCAUGACAGGUUCCGGUGCCAAGGGUAGUUUGGUCAACGCCAACCAGAUUUCAUGUAAUCUUGGACAACAGGUUCUCGAAGGUCGUCGUGUCCCGGUUAUGGUCAGUGGAAAGACUCUUCCGUGCUUCAAGCCAUUUGAGACCAGUGUUCGCGCUGGUGGAUAUGUGGUCAAUCGUUUCUUGACUGGUAUUCGUCCACAAGAAUAUUACUUUCAUACUAUGGCUGGUCGUGAAGGUCUCAUUGAUACGGCGGUCAAGACAUCUCGAUCCGGAUACCUUCAGCGCUGUAUCAUCAAGGGUAUGGAGGGUCUGCACGUUGAAUACGAUACAUCGGUUCGAGAUUCGGACGGAAGUAUGAUCCAGUUCCUCUACGGAGAGGAUGGACUGGACACAACCAAACAGAAGUACUUGAAUGAUUUCAAGUUCCAAGCUGAAAACUUCGUCUCCCUGGGCCAGUCUCUAAAUGCAGUCGACAGCUACCAGCACGUCGUCAGCAAAGAAGCGACCGAGUACAACAAAACAGCUUGGAAGAAAUGCCGAAAGACUCGCAAUCGUGCAGCUAUGGACCCGGCUAUUGCAGUAUAUGAACCCAGCCGUUACAGCGGCAGUACCUCGGAGAAGUUCCUUGCUUCAAAACGCAAUUAUUGUGAAACAAAUCCAGACAAGCUCCUCAAGAACAAGAAGCACGAUGCUCAGGGUGAGGUUCUGAAGAAGAACUUCGAAGCUAUGCUUGAUAUGAAGUACUUGCGAUCACUGGUAGAGCCUGGAGAAGCUGUCGGCGUGGUGGCUGGACAAUCUAUUGGCGAGCCCUCCACACAAAUGACGCUCAACACUUUCCAUUUGGCAGGUCACGCUGCCAAGAACGUCACGUUGGGUAUCCCUCGUCUCCGUGAGAUUGUCAUGACUGCUAGUGCAAAGAUCUCCACUCCGGCCAUGACAUUGUAUCCUCACCCGGAACUAUCAGCUGCGGAUACCGAGAAGUUUGCUAAGAGUAUCAGUCGCCUCCCAUUGUCUUCCGUCCUUGAUAAGGUUACUGUCACAGAAACAGUGGGCGCUGGCACACAAUACUCGCAAGCAAGGAGAUACAGGAUUCGGUUAGACUUCUAUCCCGUCGAGGAAUACACAGAAGAGUAUGCUAUCAAAGUCCGGGAUGUUGCAGACUCCAUCGAGAAGAAAUUCUGCCCACGCCUACAGAAGAUGGUCAAAGCGGAUCUGAAGAAGAAAGGGGAGAGCAAAUCCUUGUCUACAGCACGAGCAGCAGGUCUACCUACUGUUGGCGAGUCAUCCGGCACCAUUGAACAGCAAACCGUUCGACAAGAUGAUGCCGAUGACGAGGGCGGAAUCGACGAUGCUGAAAGUGACGACGGAGGUGAUGAUGAUGGCGACGCGACCAAUGUCAAGUCACGAAACAGGCGCGAAGACAGCGUUGAGUUUGAUGCUCCCGAGGAUGAUGAGAAAGCCAUAACCGACGAGAUCGACCGCGAAGCAAGCGACGACGAAACGUAUGGUGGUAGCCCCAAGCCAUCGCGCAACACCUCCCCUGAGGCGGACUCCGAAUCUGAAGAUGAAAUUCUGGUCCCCAAGGAGGAAUCAUCUGAAAUCCGGCACGAACGUAUCAUUCAACAGUGCAAGGACAUCAGCGUCUUCAAAUUUGACGACAAAGCGGGGGCCUACUGUGAGAUAACUAUGGAAUUUUCUGCCUCGGCUGCCAAACUGCUUAUGCUUCACCAUGUGGAAGCUGCCGCAGAGUUCGCUACCAUCCACGUGAUCCCCGGUAUCACCUCAGCCCUCGUCUCCAAAGAGAAGGGUAAAGAUCCGAUUACAGGCGCCGAUGUCGAGGUUCCCAUCAUCAUGACCGAAGGCUCCAAUUUGGUUGCCAUGCGCGAAUUCCCCGACAUCAUUGACACGUCGCGGAUCUUCACAAACGACAUCGUUUCUAUGCUUCAUCUUUACGGUGUGGAGGCCUGCCGUGCGUCCAUUGUCCGCGAAAUGCACGCCGUUUUCUCGGGUCACGGAAUUUCGGUCGACAACCGUCACCUCAAUCUCAUUGCUGACACCAUGACUAAGGCCGGUGGUUUCCUUCCUUUCAACCGCAUCGGUAUGAAGAGCAACCCUUCGCCCUUCAUGAAGAUGAGUUUCGAGACCACCGUCGGCUUCCUCAAGGACGCCGUGCUGGAGCGCGACAUGGACGAUUUGAGUAACCCCUCCGCUAGAAUCGUCGCUGGCAGACUCGGAAAGGCUGGUACUGGCGCUUUCGAUGUCCUGGCGCCCGUGCAAAUAUGGGAUCCACUAAAGGAUGAAGAGGAUGUUGUGGAUGGGGUAGAGGGCGGUGAUGACGUCGAGAUGGUGGAUGCAUAGUACGCGAGCGCUCUUGCGGGUUCUUGUUUUUCUUCUACAUGAAACGGGUGUUAGGUGGGUGAUAGGGCGUUCUGCUUCUGUACUUGUCCGUUGACGUUGUUUCCUUUCUGAUGGAAAACAUCAGUUGUGCAUGUCGGCAUGUGUGUAUGUAGUUAUGUAGGCCUUUUAGGUACAAUUUGUACACCUAAAAUAUAAUCAGACGUCUUUUUCUUCAUCUUUCCUGCGAUAUGUCAGUGUUGAUGAGGGCCUGCUGCUUCCUAAAGACUUGCAGCAUUGUCUUUCCAACCUCAAGAUAGACGCAUCUCCCAGGAGAAAAUCACAUCGUAUUAGCUGGUCAAGAAAAGAAAAGAAAAACGAAAAACGAAAAAGAAAAGGAAAGCGAAAAAAGAACGAAAAAAGGAGAUGGUAUUCAAAGCCGUACUGUGACGUGAAAACUGCUGUCACUUGACCAAUGAAGUCGAUAUCUCCAAGUAUACUAGGAGU